GAAGGGAGGGAACCAGCGAAGUGUUUAGGUUUACUUUCCCCCAAAAUGGCGAGCAGUCGGUGAAAGAAAUACACGGAACUUGGCCUAGAUAAGUGUCGCGUAGGCAGUCAUCACCGUUCACAGGAAGUGGAGUGACAUUGUCCAAACAGCCUGGAAAUCGAUGCAAUUUGUGACGAUUUGGGGAAUAAUAUGCUGACAACCUGUUGUUUUCAGACAACUUCGGGAAUCAGCCACGGACCUGCUGCUGUGAUUUUCACGCUGAGUGGGCAGACACGACCGGCCAGCGAAGCGCCCUGAAAACCGUAGGCCGUAUCAAUCUCACUUUUUGCCCUCAAAAUUUCUUUGAUAUUUGGCCCACGCAGUUGUCAUCGCAAAGGUAUCGCAUCUUUGAUCCAUGAUCGUUGCAAGGACUACAAAUAAUCAACAUGACUUAGCCUAAGUAAAUGUAUUUUUGUACUGACUUGAUUUUGACAUGUUUGACAACAAAAUUGUUGAUUUUUCCCUGCACACUAAAUACUGGCUGUGCUAGAUUAUUAUUUUUUUCCAAUUGAAGAUAUAAUUUUCUGAGUGACUUAUAAAACUGUAAUCUGAGGCCGUUAGUGGAUGGCUUAUGUUGCAUGACUUGCCAGGAUUUUCUGAAUCCAAUUACAUGUAAUUGGAUGAAUAUUUUCAUCAAAUUGGAGACCGAGUGAGUGAUUAUCCAAAUCUGAGGAUAUUACUAAGGCAGCAACAUGUCAAUAACGGCGUUGAAGAGAUUUUUCCGCUUCUCCACGGCUGAUAAGAAGAAGGAUGACAAGUUCCAGAAUAUCAUCCGAGACAGAGAUCCAGAGUCGGAGUGGGAAGUGCUCUCGGAACUUGGAGACGGUGCUUUCGGGAAAGUGUACAAGGCCAAGAACAGACAUACAGGCAUCUUUGCGGCUGCAAAAGUCAUUGAGAUUAAAGACCAGGAGGAACUGGAUGAUUUCCUUGUGGAGAUUCAAAUCUUGGGCGAAUGCAAGCAUCAAUACAUCGUAGGAUUGUACGAGACGUACCUCUAUGCAAACAAGUUGUGGAUGCUCCUAGAGUUCUGCGAGGGGGGUGCCCUCGAUGACAUCAUGCUUGACCUGGAGAAAGGUCUGACUGAGGACCAGAUCAAAGUUGUCUGUAAGCAGAUGCUGGAAGCGUUGGACUACCUUCACAGCAAGAAGGUUAUCCACAGAGAUCUGAAGGCUGGGAACAUACUGCUGACCAUGACUGGAGAUAUCAGACUUGCCGACUUUGGAGUUUCAGCCAGGAACACCAAGACUAAACAGAAGAGAGAUUCCUUCAUCGGGACGCCAUACUGGAUGGCUCCUGAGGUGGUGAUCUGCGAGACGCUGAAAGACAACCCUUACGACUACAAGGCAGACAUCUGGUCCCUGGGGAUCACUCUGAUAGAGCUGGCACAGCAGGAACCCCCAUACCAUGACCUGCACCCCAUGAGGGUGCUCAUUAAGAUCCCUAAGGCUGAACCUCCGACCCUCCUGGCACCCUCACGAUGGACCAAGAAUUUCAGCAGUUUCAUUAAACUCUGUCUGGAUAAAAACCCAGAAUCCAGACCAACUGCACCAGAGAUGUCCAAGCACCCCUGGUUGGCUGAAGUGCACGACAACAAGCCAGUGAGGGACCUCCUCUGUGAAGCCAAGGCUGAAGUGACUGAGGAGCUGUUGGAGUUGCCUGAUGACCAGGUGCCGUCUGAUCGUCGUUCUUCCAUCGGCGCUGACAGUACAGACAGCGCUGACAUUCUGGCCUCGUUAGGCACGCCCAGCACACCCACCACCCCCUCCACCCCAGUCCAGCAACCGAUCAGCCCACCCAUCGGAAGUCAGAACGGUGCAAACGGUCCACAUAUGAACCGGAAGAUCAGCACGGUCUCCGAAGAUGGGAUAGAGCACGUGGUACGUGACACAGUAAAUAAUGACCUAGGGGAUGGGGAACCAGACAUUGAAGGCGGGGAACCCGAUAGUGGGGAGGGGUUAGCAGUCCUAGGGGGCGGGAAACUUAUAUCAGACACUGCAGAGGACGAGUUAGAAACUAACAAAAUCACUGACGUGCUGAGAGAUGAUGAUGUAGAGGGCGUUGAACUCGUAAAGGAAAAUAAAGAUGAACCACUGCCUAAUAGUCUAGGUAUUCCUUUUGAAAAUGACGCGGAGAAAAUUGAAGAACCAACUCAACUAGAUGGAGAAGUUCCGGAUAAGGCUCCGGAAACUAAUGAAGGGGAAGAAUUGGGCAUAUUUGAAGGGGGUUUAGAGGGUGGGGUGGUGGUGGAAUCGUCCGAGAAAGUCAAAAAGGAAGGAAGCGAGGAUGAGAUGCCGAUCGAAAAUGAAGAUGUGUCUGGAGAACCAGCAGAGACACCCGAGAUCGUCACGAAAACGGUCUCUGAGAUGGUCAAUGAUCUGGUUUCUAAGAUUGUCACCAAUGCUACCUCUGAGUUCAAGGUGGAAGAGCCAUCAAAUCAAGAGGAGGAUGAGCAGAUUGUCACUGAAGCCAUCUCGGAGGUUAACACCGACGAACCCGAGGACCACGAUAACGAAGUCUUUCACAAGGAUGAGGCCCCACCCAAGGAGGAAAUCCUGGAGGAAGACCUCGUUGAUCGCCCGAUGCAUAAACCUCUCAACAAACCCAAACUAGAAGGUUUGAAAGAUGAGUUGGACAGCCUGAAUAAUGGCGGGCUCUUCAAGACUCCCGGCGGCAUCAACAAGGGCAGCAUCGCCAGUCGGGGAUCCUCAGAUGCAGGCAGCGAAGCCACCAUCGACUUGGACAGAAGCAUAUCCAGCAUCUCCAACAAAGAGCAGGAGAAGCCCAACUAUAAGACCCUGAAGAAGACCCGUAAGUUUGUCUUGGACGGCAAGGUGGUCACGUUGACAACGUCUAAGGUGGUGAGGGAAGGGUCUGAAGACAAAUCCAAGCAGCAACAUGAAAACAGGAAGGCAGAGAUGAGGCAGCUGAAGCUCCUUCACAAGGGAGAGACCAAGGAGAGUAACGACUUGGCAAGUCGCAUCUUACAGCAAUCGGAAAUCCUCAAGACCAAGCACAAGAGUGAAUUACAGGCUCUGACCAAGAAGUACGACGGCGAAGUGGAGAUGCUGAACCGGCAGCAGAAACACGAGGUGGAGAAACUCGAGAUGGCGCAAUCCAACGAAGCCAAGUCUUUUGUCCGGACGCAGAAGCUGAAACAAGAGAAGGAACUGAGAAGCUUCCGAGAGAAACAGAAACGAGAGAUGAAGGAGAUGAAGUCCGUGAGAGCGAGCUCCAAGGAAGACCUGAAACGCAAGAAAGAGGAGUUUGAUGUUCGGCAACAGCAGGAGGAGCAUAAGUUUAUGUCGGAGCAGUCUUCUCUACUGGAGAGUCAGACUACCGAGCUGGCCGAGCAGCAUCGCAACAAAGUAGCCCUGCUGGAGAGGAAAUUCCUCAACGAUAAACACCAGAAACUCAGAGCGAGAGAAUCGGCUAUCUGGGAACUCGAGGAGCGACAUCUUAAGGAGAUGCAUCAAGCCACCAAGAACCAGAUGAAGGACAUGUUCUUCCUACAGAGACAUCACCUUGUCGUCAGACAAGAAAAGGAAGUGCAAAUCUUGAAGACAAGCCAAGAGAAAGAAGAGGAAGAUAUAAAACAGCGGCAUAGCCAGGACAAACGGCGGUAUCCACGGUCGCUACGGAACGACAUGAGGACGCGGGCUAACAUGUUCCGCAAGAGUAUCCCCAUCAAGAAUCCUCACUGCACGGCCGAAGAGGAACGAGAGCUGAUGAAAGGGUUCCAAGAGUCUGAGAAUAAGCGUUACAAGGCGGACAUUGAGAGACAGGAACGCAAGCAACGGCGCCAGUUCGAGAGCACCCGCCAAAAUCAUUAUGCCGCUAUGCAAGAGUUGCACACCAUUCAUAAUGAGAAACGGAAACAACUGAUGGAGCAGGAAACCUCCAAACUGAAGACAAAGGAAGAGGAACACGUCAAAGAGAUGAAACUGUGGAAGGAUAACCUCAAACCACGUAAAAAGGACCUUGAAGAAAACUUCAAACGUGAACAGAUGGACCAAGAGCGCUUCUAUGCCAAGGGAAAUGUGGCUAGUAAUCCAGAGUCUGGUGCCCCGAUGAGGGACGCUAGAAACAAUGCAAAGUAAGCCAGGGUACCAGAUAUGUAAAUAGGGCGUCUGGUACCCAGACUGCGGGUUAUUAGUGAUAUUAAUGCAAGGAAUCGGGCACCCGACUUUUGUAGUGUUUAGUCUGGUGCCUGGGUUACAGGUAUAAUGAAACCAUGUACAGAAAAGGAGGGCUCCUGACCGUCGUUAAGUCUUGUGUUUCAUCCAACACUUGUGUCCAGAAUACUGGAAUUGUGUAAAAGUUUGGUAGCCCAACAAACAUUGAGAUGUGUAUUAAGUCGGGUCUGGUGCCUAGAACACACGUUAAAGAAACACUUGCAACUAGACGUGACUGUAUAUAAUCAUGUCGUUAAAGUUGGUUAUGAAUUAUGGUGCUUCUUACGUGAAAGUUCAACCGAGGUUUGUGUAUGUUCAGAAGUUAAGCAAAAGGGGCCAUUUUGUUGCCUUUCACAGUUUCAGACGAUAAAGUCUGAUUCAAAAGUUUUUAUGGGUAAAAGUGUAACCGUUUGUUACUGCAUUGUGCCAAUGAUUCCUUACAUUUCCACACGGGACUUUUUGUAUGGUAUCCAAUAUUCUAGUCGUGUAUGUGUUGGUGUAUAAUGCAUGUCUUCCCCUCCCCCCCCCCCCCAACCCUACCAAAUCAGCCCAAUUUCCUCAAAAUUCUUAAAACAGUUUUUUGUGUGAAGGUAUUUAUUUGUUUAUUGUAGUAGUUUGAGGGAGGGAAGGUUUUACUUUUACUUUGUGUACACAAAGACACAUCCAUCCAUUCCACAAGUUCUUACGGUAAUCUUUACCCCACCCUCAGCCCAGCCGCAACCCUGUUCCCCCACCCCUGCCCCACCCCACCCCACCCCACCCCACCCUCCACUUCCUCACCUCAUGUGAAAGAUGAAAAAAAGUGUUGAUGGUAUGUGCAUAUUGUCUGGUAAUAAUCAUAACUACUGCAAGAAAUUUGUCUUAAAAAUCUGAAGUGCCCUUUAUAUCGCCUGUACAGCAAUACGCUAGGCAUGGAUGAAGUAACGAAAUGUUUGUCGUAUGCGUUUAGUGCCGGCUUUUUAUUGUGAAAAUUGGCGUGAAUCUGUGUGAAAGUUUUGCAAGCACAAAAAAAGGUGAAAAUGCGAUUUGAAUAGAGGUUUCUAAGUAUAACUCAAUACCUCAGAUGUUAUAACUGUAAAAUUGUAGCUGAAUGUCGAAGCGGUAAUUCUUAAUCUGUUGCCCUUUUUAAUUUCUCGUUGUGGGAGUGGGCAUUUUCUUCUUUUUUUCUUAUCCCUUAUCCCUUUUCAUUACAUCAUCUGCAUUUCUCUUUUUCUUCUUCGCAAAUCAAUACCCAUUUCUAAAUUUCUGCCAAUUUGAAUCACCGUUCUGUCCGACCACACAUUUACUUCACUUUAUCACAACCCCUAAAAUGUAUAUUUAUGAUGUAACUGAUUUCAUAUGAUAAAAAAAAACACACUCAGAGUGUCAAAUUAUUAUUAACAAAUGUAACCAAGUUUAUUUACACGUACCAUUUUUAUUAGCUCAUGAAAAGCUAUUUAUUUAUAAUGGCUUGUU